UGAAUGCUCUUUCACUCGGCACAAGAUGUUGAUGAUAUUCGGAUUACUUGCAGUUUUACUCGUUCCACUCGGAGUUCCAUCGCUUUCAGAAGCUGCAUGUGGAAAGCGUGUCGCUACGUCGUCCCGCGUGGUAAACGGUGAAGAUGCCACACCAAAUUCGUGGCCGUGGCAGAUUUCUCUCCGCUACAGAAAUUAUCCAUAUCACAAUGCCUACGGUCACUACUGUGGAGGAUCACUAAUUGAGAAUGACUGGGUUUUGACAGCUGCUCAUUGUGUGGCCCGUAACCCAGAUCCGACUGCAUGGAAAGUAAUUGUUGGUGCUCAUUACAGAGAGGGUUCCCCCACCUCGGUUCAAGAAACAAUCACUGUGACACAAGUUAUCCCCCACAGUGACUUCGGCUGGACAACAGCGAAAAACGACGUGGCAUUGUUAAAGCUUGCGAAGCCAAUCGUACCAGGUGACAAGGUCAACACAGUCUGUCUUCCUGAAAGUGGCAGUGAUCAGAUAUCGCCGGGAACAAACUGUUCUAUUACUAGGUGGGGACGUACAAUCGGUGGAGGGAAUGUGGCGGAUGUAUUGCAACAAGCAAUGCUUCCAGUGGCGGAUCACAAAACAUGCCGUGAAAAAAUGAAAGGGUUUACGGUCUACAAAGGACCUAUGUUGUGUGCUGGAGGCCAGGGCAAAGGAGGUUGUCAGGGAGAUAGCGGUGGACCUCUUUCUUGUAAAGAAAAUGACAAAUGGGUUUUGCGAGGUGUAGUCAGCUGGGGACACUACAAUUGUGAAACGGAUCACUUCACUGUGUUUGCUCGUGUCUCCAACUACACGAAGUGGAUUGAGUCAAACACGAUGUCCUGAUUGGUAAUAGUUUAUAAGGUCUUCCGGUUAGAAGCUUUCAGAACUGCUUGGUGUCGGCGGACAUGGACGUAGAAGACAAUAAUAUAAAAGGAGAAAUAGCAGGGGAAACAUUACUUUGGGAACUCUAAAUUAUCUGACUAUAGUAAAUGGAAUGAAUAAAAAGUUAUCAACUUAAAUUGAAUAAACUGAGGUUAAGGCUAAUAAUGCUAUCAGUUGUAA